GCGCGGCGCGCUUCCGGCGCGCGGUACUUCCGGAAAGGAGAAGUGCAUCGAGUGCUGCGUGAGAGUGAAUCGUCGCUCGUUUCGUCAGGAGUUUUUCGGCAGAUUCCGGGCCACCCGUCCGCCUUCGCCACGCACGGCUCUCGAGGAACGAUGAACGGAACGAUGGCCAUGGCACCAACGUCGGUAAACAGUGCAGAGCCGCCGGUGAAGAAGGCUAAAGUGGAAGGAAAUGCACCCGAGUUCUUACCAGGCCCCAUAUAUGAUCUCAAUCAAAUCGGCCAAGUCGUUGCUGGACCUGGCGCCAAAUAUCUGACACUACCUGGAAUAUUAGGAGCUGGUCUACCGAAAAUUACAUCCGAGCAGCAAGACACUGUAAACAGGGCGAAGAAGUAUGCGAUGGAGCAAAGCAUUAAGAUGGUCCUGAUGAAGCAGACCUUGGCCCAUCAACAACAGCAAAUGGCUAGUCAACGGAAUCAGGUGCAAAGACAGCAGGCUCUCGCCCUCAUGUGCAGGGUUUAUGUGGGCAGCAUCAGUUUUGAAUUGAAAGAAGAUACAAUCAGGCAAGCUUUCUUGCCAUUCGGACCGAUCAAAUCCAUCAAUAUGUCUUGGGAUCCCGUUACGCAGAAGCACAAGGGCUUCGCCUUUGUCGAAUACGAGAUACCCGAGGCCGCGCAACUUGCUUUGGAGCAAAUGAACGGUGUCAUGAUCGGUGGCCGCAACAUCAAGGUAGCAGGACGUACCUAUAUAACGAAUUUCCUGUCCCCCAGCAAUCCUAUCAUCCCGCCGGAGGUCGUAGGACGUCCGUCCAACAUGCCACAGGCGCAAUCGGUGAUCGAUGAGAUCACCGAGGAGAGCAAGCACUACAAUCGCAUUUAUAUCGCGUCGAUACACCAAGACUUAACGGAAGACGACAUCAAGUCAGUCUUCGAGGCAUUCGGGCCGAUCACGUACUGCAAGCUCGCACAAGGUAGCUCGCCGCAUCGACACAAAGGAUACGGCUUUAUCGAGUACGAGACAAUGCAAGCUGCGCUAGAGGCUAUCGCCUCUAUGAACUUGUUCGAUCUGGGUGGCCAGUAUUUGAGAGUAGGAAGAGCCAUAACGCCGCCGAACGCGCUCAUGGGACCACCCAGCGGUACCAGCAUGAUGCCGACCGCGGCCGCUGUGGCCGCAGCAGCCGCGACGGCCAAGAUUCAAGCGAUGGACGCGGUUGCUAGUAACGCAGUUGCGUUAGGUCUCACUAAACUCGGGGCUACCGCACCACCCAUCCUGAAUCAGACGCUUCCUGGCGUAGUGCGGCCCACUAUAGCUCCCACGACAAUAAUGGCACCACCAACAGUAGCAACGGUAGCGCCAGUGAUACCUCCACCUGGCAUAGCCAUACCGCAAACCUUAACGCGACCGCCCGCUAUUAUCCAACCGAUUCCUGGUCAACCCGUUGUUAUACCACCUCCUGCUGUUGUUGCGCCUACGAUUGUUGGCACGCCAGUCAUACCAGUGACAACAACUGCGAAUUCUGACAUUAUGAGGCGAGCGCAGGAACAAGCGGCUCAUCAGAAACAACAGGAAGAAUUGCAGAAGAAACUCUUAGAGGAGACGGAACCACAGACGUUGCAGCAACAGGAGAAUAUGUCAAUCAAGGGCCAGAGUGCGCGUCAUCUCGUCAUGCAGAAACUCAUGCGUAAAGUCGAGUCCCGAGUCGUUAUUUUAAGAAAUAUGGUGGCGCCGGAGGACGUGGACGAGACCUUGCAGGAGGAGAUUCAGGACGAGUGUUCCAAGUUCGGCGUGGUCGUACGGGUUAUUAUUUAUAAGGAGCGACAGUCCGAGGAGGACGAGAAUGCGGAAGUCAUCGUAAAGAUAUUCGUCGAAUUCGCCGAAAUGAACGAAGCGGAACGCGCGAGAGAUUCGCUGAACGGUCGUUAUUUUGGCGGACGGCUGGUUAAGGGGGAGCUGUACGAUCAAGCUCUGUUCGAUAACAAUGACUUUUCAGGUUGAUACGAUCAGGCUGUUCUCGUUUGCUAAGCAUUAAGUUUUUAUCAAUUCGUAUAUGAGACAAAACUUGACGUUGACUGACUGCUUGAUCUUUGUUUGAGCCAAUAUUUAUAAUAAAAUCUUAGGGUCACGCGUUGAGUAGUCAGAAAAGUCAGAUUCACGCGUUUUCGCGGCUCCAAUCGUGAGUUUGUAGCAAUCAAUCCGCAAAAUGUAGUUAGAGACCGCACAGUGCGAUUUGGAGAUCAGGAAGCAAUUCAAGUUCGUCAAAUGUGAUUUAGAAUGUUAAAAAAUUCAACUUCUCUCCCCUUCCUCCCCACGUAAAACGAAACUUUAUACCUUAUCUACGUUAUUCGUUUCGUAUCACAGGGAAACCACAAUUACAAAGCUUAGCGUCGUAGUACAUCCAGAGAUUAACAUUUCGUACACCUAUCCAGUAUAAUAGUACCAUUUGUUAUAAUUUUGCCGAGGAUAAUUAUAUGAAAGUGGUAGUUCAUUUAUGUAUAGAAAAAAAAUAGAAUAAUAAUAAAUUCAUUUUACAUAUACAGA